UCUUCAGUCUUUGACUUUCACGUCCAACAUGGCGACCUUCAGGAGUGUUUUGCAUGCAAGCAAAGUGUUUCGCCCAUGCAUAACUAACAGAUCCAUCAAGACCUCAGCGGUAGUUUCAAAUUGGAAUAAGGAUUGGAAGCCAGGUCCAUAUCCUAUGACCCCAGAAGAACGAGCCAAUGCUGCCAAAAGAUAUGGGUUGCGGGUCGAGGAUUAUGACGUGUAUGCAGAUGAUGGUACUGGAUAUGGAGACUACCCCAAACUUCCACAUGUAUCUGGAGAUGUCAGGGAUCCAAAUGAGGACUGGGAUAUACCAGAGAUAAAAAGAAACUAUGGUGAACCUUUGCAUGUGGACCAUGAUAUGAUUGGUGAAGACAGGUACAACAUCAACGCCAACCCCAGACUGUCAUAUCGGACAAUGUUCCUAUCAACUGGUGCUUUCCUUGGUACAAUAUUAGCAAUCUAUAUUCUGACAGAACCAUACCCACACUUUCUGCCAGUGAUGCCUAAACAACACCCAUUCAACAACCUCUACCUGGAAAACGGUGGUGAGGCAGCACAGGAGAAAGCAGUGCAACACUACACAUUUGAGCCGGCAGAUUAAUGGGACCGCAUCUAGGCAUAUUGAUUGUACAUAAUGUAUGAAUGAAGCUUUCUCCUUGAGACACCGUGUUAGCAGGAUGAGGCUACAUCAGGCCAUUGUUGGAAGUGAACUAUUUGUGAUUGUGUGGAGUCUAUUGGCCGUUUCGAAACUACAAAGAAGAAAAGCUGAACUUUAUACAUGGCUUCUAAUGAGUUGUAGUAAUGUAUUCUGUUAUUAAAUACUUAUGAAACAA